AUGCGGUUUUUUCCGGUUCCAUUACUCUCACAUGUGAGAGGAUUGAUUCGAAGAGGACACGCUUCGCGAUUGUACGUGGUUCCUGCACUUGUCUCGACAAAACCUACAAUCUCACACUCGGAGCAAGUGAAAGAAGGUAACUUUGAUGGUAAUGCAUUGGAGCUAAAUGAAAUUGGUGUUCUUCGAGUAUUAACAAGUAUGAGAGAUGAUCCUUAUCUUGGUUUGUCGUUUCUGAAACGAAUUGAAGGAAAUGGAGCUUUGCCUAGUGUCAAAGCUUAUGCAGCUGUGAUUAGAAUCGUUUGUAGUUGGGGUUUGGAUCGUAAAUUGAAUUCAUUUCUUGUGGAACUCGUUAGAAAAGGAGAUGAGGGACGUGGUUUCAGUGUCGGGGAAUUGUUAAAUGCCAUUGGAGAAGCUGAAGAGGAUGGAAAGUUGUCGUAUUUGUUGUUGAGUCGAGUCUCUAGUGCAUUGAUUAAAGCCUAUGGUAAUCUUCAAAUGUUUGACCAAGUGAUCGGUAUGUUUUGGGAAUUAGAGCGGCUGGGUUCGGAUGUUGAUGCGCAUAGUUAUGUGAUUGUGGCUCAUGCAUUGCAUAGGAAUGGGGAUAUAGGAUUAGAGAAGUUUCUUGGUAGACUGUUAAACUCGGAGACGAGGAAUCCUUGCGCGUUUUAUAUGACUUUCAUUGAAGGACUCUGUGGGAUACAGAUGACUAAUAAAGCUUAUCUUCUACUCCAAGCACUAAGGGAUGCAAAUAUUCUGGUGGAGAAUAGUGAUCUUGCAAUCGUAUAUCGCAAAGUGGUCUGGGGUUUUUGUAAUGAGAUGAAAGUAGAAGAUGCUGAAAGCGUUGUUCUUGACAUGGAGAAAUGUGGAAUUGAUCCGGAUGUGUAUGUUUACUCAGCGAUAAUUGAAGGACAUCGGAAGAAUAAGAAUGUACCUAAGGCUUUGGAUUUUUUUGAUCAAAUGGUGCAGAAAAAAAGAAGAAUAAACUGUGUGAUUGUAAGCUCAAUCCUUCAGUGUUGUUGUCAGAUGGGCAAGUUCUCGGAAGCUUAUGAUCUGUUUCAAGAUUUUAGAGACAUGAACAUUUCUCUUGAUCGGGUUUGCUACAAUGUUGCAUUUGGUGCUUUAGGAAAGCUUGGCAAAGUAGAAGAAGCUAUUGAAUUGUUCCGAGAAAUGAAAGGUAAAGGAAUAUCUGCUGAUGUCGUCAACUACACGACCUUGAUAGGUGGUUGCUGUCUACAAGGUAAAUGUUCUGAUGCCUUUGAUUUGAUGAUUGAAAUGGAAGGAACAGGUGAAACACCUGAUAUUGUUAUAUAUAACGUACUUGCCAGUGGAUUAGCUAAGAAUGGUCUUGCAGAAGAGGCAUUCGAAACUCUAAAACUAAUGGAAGCUCGGGGUGUAAAGCCCACGUCUGUUACACACAACAUGGUCAUGGAAGGCCUGAUUGUUGCAGGUAAAAUAGACGAGGCUGAAGCUUUCUAUGAGAGUUUGGAAAAUAGUUCUUGGGAAAAUGAUGCAAGUAUGGUAAAAGGAUAUUGUGAAGCUGGCCGUCUUGAUCAGGCCUUUGAACGAUUCAUUAGACUGGAAUUCCCUCUGCCCAAGAAUGUGUAUUCCACACUAUUCACUAGACUUUGUGCCGAGAAGGAUUAUAUCAGCAAAGCUCAAGACUUGCUGGAAAGAAUGUGGGAACUUGGAGUCGAACUUGACAAGAGCAUGUAUGGAAAGUUAAUUGGUGCUUGGUGUCGAGUUAAUAAUGUGAGAAAAGCCCGGCAGUUUAUUGAGGUUUUAGUUGCUAAAGAGAUUAUCCCUGAUUUGUUCACUUACACAAUCAUGAUCAACACCUAUUGCCGGUUAAACAAGCUGAAGCAAGCAUAUGCUCUUUUUCAAGACAUGAAGAGGAAAGGAAUCAAACCUGAUGUGGUAACAUACACAGUUUUGCUCAAUAGCAAUCCAAUGUUGGAUAUGAAGAGAGAAAUGAAAGCCUUUGAUGUUAAACCAGACGUUGUCUACUACACAAUCAUGAUCGACACAUAUUGUCGGUUAAACAACCAGAAGAAAGCCUAUGCACUUUUCAGAGACAUGAAGAGGAGAAAAAUCAUACCUGAUGCGGUAACAUACACAGUAUUGCUCAAUAACAAUCCACAAUUGGACAUGAAGAGGGAUAUGGAAGCCUGUGAUGUUAAACCAGACGUUUUCUACUACACAGUUUUGAUUGAUCAGCAGUGCAAGAUUCAGGAUCUUAAAGAGGCGAAAAGGGUAUUUAAUCAAAUGAUUGAAAGUGGGGUGGAGCCUGAUGCUGCGCCUUACACAUCACUAAUAGCUGGUUGUUGUAAGACUGGAAAUCUUGAAGAGGCGAAAAGGAUCUUUGAUCUAAUGGUUGAAAGCGGGCUAAAGCCUGAUGCUGUGUCUUACACAGCACUAAUAGCUGGUUGUUAUAGGAAUGGAUCUGUAAGUAUGGGGGACACAGUUUUGCAAGAGAUGUUGGACAAGGGGAUUGAGCUGACCAAAGAUUCCCGGUCUAUAAUACACUAUGCUAGUUUAAAGACCGAGAGAGACUGA